AUGUCUUCACUCGUAAUGAUUCGCUCUCGAAAGAGAAAGACCAGCCGCUCAACAACACAGUUGUGGCAGGGUGUUGACACCAGUCCGUCCAAACGACUAGAUAUCGACAAGAUCAUCAAGGGCGAUUCGAACCAUCAGAUAGUCCUCGGCGUUGGAAGCACCUCGUUUACAAAGUCGGAUUCGCUGGCGCAGGUUGGGCAGUGUGUAUCUGACCAGGUAUACAGCCCCAAGGGCCGAAGAUGGUACGCACGCAAGUCCCUACCGGCGACGACAAAGACGGACUCGGACCAAGAUACAGUGCGGCAAGACCGCAGGAGCUUCAUCAGCGAGAUUGAACAACUGAGACUGUUACGUCAUAAGCAUGUUGCCAGACUUGCAGGGAGCUACAAUGACGUGGAGGGGAUCGCAUACCUCAUGGAACCCGUUUCCGACACGACGCUCGACAUGUUGCUCGAGGGGGACCUCGACCACGACGCCCGUAUCCUUCUUCGGCAGUCGUUUGGAUGUCUUGCCGCCGCCCUUGGUCAUAUACACGGCCACUCCCUCCACAUCCAACAGCUCUCCAGCGACAACAUCUCUGUACAUCAUGGUAAGCUCGUCAUCGGCGGCUUUGGGGCGCUGGUGCAGAAUCCAGAAGAUGCUGCGUAUGCCGCACCUGAGCUGAUAGAUUUUUGCGACGUGGACGAAUCUUCAAGAGACGUGUGGGCGCUCGGUGUGAUCUAUCUGAAGAUGCUGAUGCGGCUCCAUGGAAUGCGGUCCAGCGAGUUCCGCUAUUGGGUCCACGUAUACAGCAAAGAAGCAUAUGGUAUGGAUGAACAAGACAGCCUCGUCGACUGUGUGGAAAACUUCAUGGCAUCUGUGCAAGGCCAAGACAGGGCUCGAUAUCAAGGGGCAGCGGCGUGGACGUCGGCCCUUCUGCGAGAGGAGCCGUACAAGCGGCCGGAUUGCCAAACAUUGCUGGAAAGCAUCCUGGCUUCACGGCAUUCGCGAGAGUUCUGCUGCACAGACUGUCGUCGAGCCCGCGCGAGCAAUACGACGCGCAAAAACAACGCUAAUCUUGCGCUUGUCAAGGUUGGCCACCAGACUCUGAGAGGGCUAUUGGCACGCAUCCCCUAUGUUGGCCCCAAACAGUCUCACAAAGACUACCACACGGGAAACAAAACCACGAGUGGCAGGAAAACCCGCAUCAGCCCAGUGGCCGAGGCCAAGAGCCCUGGUUAUAAUCACGCCAAACCUGUUUCCAUCAGAGGAAUCAGCGAGGAGAAACUACCCUUGUCAAGGGCCACAUCAUCUACAAUAGUUGGAUUCGUAGGAGAUUCAGAAGAAUGGCCACCUAUAACGGCAAAAUUCGAUGCUAUGGCUGACAGCCGCCCACUGUUCGGAUCAGCAUAUGAUGACAAGGACCAGGCGUUCAUGUAUCUGCAGGAAGAAUGGCAUGAAGGAAAAAGGUUCGAAAUGUCACCAACAACUUCUCUCUUAAGCCUAACGUCUCAGUCACAUCACACACCUAGAGAAACUUCUCCAGUGCGGCCUGAAUCCAAUCCACAACCAAGGGAAUCAGACGAGGUCGUCGUUCAAAAUCUCAACCGCAGCUGUAUCCAGGGCGAAGCGAAUACUAUUCGAGUCCACUUGGAAGAGGCACUUGAGCGCCGGCUCGAAUCUGCUUGUGACGAGGCUUGGUUCAAUGUGGUGCACAGCGCCGGCAAUGGACACAGCGACUGUGUACGCAUUUUCCUCGAAGCAGCAGGCAGCGACUUUGUCAACAGGGUAGAGCCUGGCCCGGGUCGCAGAACCGCGCUACUUCUUGCUGCAGAUGACCAAAAACUCACAGGGGCUGAUCUAGAAGAGCUCGUGGCUCUUCUCCUAGACCACGGGGCAGACCCGAACGCAGUCGACUCGCGGGGAGAUCACGCCCUGGCGAAACUCAUACGGCGUGGUGGCGAUAUGUCACGAACUGUAGAAGUCAUUGCCAGAUUGCAAAAUACCGACCUAGACAAGCCUGCGGGUGAGAGUGAGGAUAGACCUCUCCAUCUCGCCGUGGAGCAGGCGAACGUCGCUGUAGUUUCGCUUCUGUUGCAUCUCGGGGCGGAUGUCGACCCUGUCAACGCAAUGGGGGUGACGCCACUGGAAGCCCUCGUGAUGCAAGUGUACAAUGCCCCAGGGUUGCGUGCCAGCCGGGAACAGGCAAAGAUCGUGCAGACGCUGUGGGAUUUCGGGGCCAGGAAGGACGGAGUGAAGAGGUUCUAUCUCGCAAGAGAGAAGGGUCAUGCUUAG